CGUCGCGGCUAUCGAAGCUGUUGAGCAGAAAAUCUGAGACAAAAAAGAGGAAAAAGUUUCCAACAAAUACAUGAUUCGGUCUACAAGCAGAGUAAUAUCCGAGUUUAGCGUUUAUACGUCAUGACUUCACGGGAUUUAUUCCGUCUUGCGGAUCAGACUCGAGUUAUUUAGUGGAAGCGAGCGAAUGUUUGUGCAGAAGUCGUGCAGUAGAUCUGUCCUGCACUCUUUGGGAAGUGUCUUGCACUGGAAGAAGGUCAGAAGAUAGUCCAAGAUGGCUGCAGCGUCCUAUGAUCAGCUUCUAAAGCAAGUGGAGGUGUUGAAGAUGGAGAACUCCAACCUGAGACAAGAGCUUGAGGACAACUCCAACCAUCUCAACAAACUGGAGACAGAAGCGUUUAAUAUGAAGGAGGUUUUGAAGCAUCUACAAGGAACUAUGAAAGAGGACUCCAAAGAGACUCAAGGACAGAUCGAGUUUUUGGAAAGAAUUAAAGAGAUGAGUCUCGAUCCCAACAGUUUCUCUGGCGUGAAGCUGAGGUCCAAAGCCUCUCUUCAGGGUUCCGGUUCGGCCCAUUCGUCCGACAGCAGCCCGAGUCCCAGCCCAAUGAGUUCCUUCCCUAGAAGAGGGGUGACCGGCGGGGGCAGAGAAAGCGCCGGGUAUCUGGAGGAGCUGGAGAAGGAACGGUCUUUACUGAUGGCUGAGCUUGAGAAAGAAGAAAAGGAGAAAGAUUGGUAUUACGCCCAGUUGCAGAACCUCACCAAACGGAUCGACAGUCUGCCGCUCACCGAGAAUUUUUCUCUGCAGACCGACAUGACGCGCAGACAGCUGGAAUACGAGGCUCGUCAGAUCAGAGCCGCCAUGGAGGAACAACUGGGCACAUGCCAGGACAUGGAGAAACGGGCACAGGCACGUGUGGCACGGAUACAGCAGAUUGAAAAAGACAUGCUGAGGAUACGGACGCGCUUGCAGACGCAGUCGAUUGACUCUGAGGUCAAGCAUGAGGCUGUGACGCAAGCAGAAGGUGCCCAUGCGUCGGGAGACGCCGGCGGAGGCAGUUGCUCUCAGGGCUCCAGUUCUCGGUUGGAUCAUGACUCAUCCAAUGACAUGAGCAGCGCUGGAAGUUACUCCGUCCCACGCCGAAUGACAAGUCAUCUGGGCACUAAAGUGGAAAUGGUCUAUUCUCUGCUGUCCAUGCUGGGGACCCACGAUAAAGACGACAUGUCUCGAACGCUCCUGGCCAUGUCGAGCUCUCAGGACAGUUGCAUUGCCAUGCGUCAGUCCGGCUGCUUGCCGCUGCUCAUCCAGCUUCUCCAUGGCAACGACAAGGAUUCCGUGUUGCUCGGAAAUUCCCGUGGCAGCAAAGAGGCCCGGGCGAGGGCCAGCGCCGCCCUGCAUAACAUUAUCCAUUCACAGCCCGAUGACAAGCGCGGCCGACGGGAGAUCCGGGUGCUCCACCUGCUGGAGCAGAUUCGAGCUUACUGCGAGACCUGCUGGGAGUGGCAGGAGAGCCACGAGAGAGGCGUUGACCAGGACAAGAAUCCAAUGCCCUCUCCUGUGGAGCAUCAGAUCUGCCCGGCGGUUUGUGUUCUCAUGAAACUGUCCUUUGAUGAAGAGCACAGACACGCAAUGAAUGAACUCGGCGGCCUUCAGGCUAUCGGGGAGCUGCUACAGGUGGACUGUGAGAUCUACGGUUUGACCAGUGACCACUACAGUGUUACCCUCAGACGAUAUGCUGGGAUGGCUCUGACUAAUUUAACAUUUGGAGAUGUAGCUAAUAAGGCUACACUGUGUUCAAUGAAAGGUUGCAUGAGGGCCAUGGUUGCACAACUGAAGUCGGAGAGCGAGGACCUACAGCAGGUCAUUGCCAGUGUUUUGAGAAACCUGUCAUGGCGAGCUGACGUGAACAGCAAGAAAAUAUUACGAGAGGUUGGAAGCGUCCGGGCUCUGAUGGAGUGUGCCUUAGAGGUUCAGAAGGAAUCCACGUUAAAAAGCGUUCUGAGUGCCCUUUGGAACCUGUCCGCACAUUGCACAGAAAACAAAGCGGAUAUCUGUACCGUUCCAGGGGCUUUGGCCUUUUUAGUGAGCACUCUUACAUACAGAAGCCAGACCAACACCCUCGCCAUUAUUGAAAGCGGGGGCGGCAUCUUAAGAAACGUGUCGAGCCUCAUUGCCACAAAUGAAGAGCACAGGCAAAUUUUGAGAGAAAACAGUUGUCUACAGACUCUUCUCCAGCACCUCAAAUCACACAGUCUGACGAUAGUGAGCAAUGCCUGUGGAACACUAUGGAACCUCUCUGCUCGGAAUGCGAAAGAUCAGGAGGCAUUAUGGGAGAUGGGGGCAGUUAGCAUGCUGAAAAACCUUAUUCACUCCAAGCACAAGAUGAUAGCUAUGGGAAGUGCAGCCGCUUUGCGGAACCUUAUGGCAAAUCGACCUGCCAAAUACAAGGACACCAACAUAAUGUCCCCGGGGUCCAGUAUGCCCUCCCUCCAUGUCAGAAAACAGAAAGCACUAUUUGAAGAACUAGACGCACAGCACCUCUCCGAAACAUUUGAUAACAUUGACAAUUUGAGCCCGAAGGCCUCUCACAGGGUUAAGCCAAGACAUAAGCAUAACAUCUACGGCGACUACGAUGGCGUGGGUCGAUCAGACGGUUACAGCCCUAACGGAGUCGGCGUUCGCUCGCCUUACAUGAACACCCCGGUGCUCUCUAGCCCAUCCUCUCGGGACAAUAGAGGAAAUGCAGAAAACGUCAGAGCUGAGAGGGACCGAAGUCUUGAUCGAGAACGAAGGGGAUUCCAUUCCGAUGCAGAGCCUGCAAAGCGAAUGGUUCAGAUUCCCACAACUGCCGCUCAGAUCGCAGUGGUCAUGGAGGAAGUCAAGAGUAUGCACUUAAGUAUGGAUGAUAGAACCAGUGGUUCCACAUCAGAGCCUCAUGUAGUUCAAGAUGACAUGAUGAGACGUCCCACUGCGGUUCACGGUCACCAAAACAUGUACAACUACAAAACGGACUCGUCCGGCAGACCGUGCCCAAUGCCCAAAUUGGAUUACGGUGCAUCUAAUGACAGUCUGAAUAGCGUAAAUAGCACUGAUGGAUACGGCAAGAGGGGUCAAAUGAAGCCGUCGGUGGACUCGUACUCAGAAGACGAUGAGAGCAAAUGCUGCGUCUACAGAAAAUAUCCUGCGGAUCUUGCCCAUAAGAUACACAAUGCAAAUCACAUGGAAGAUGACAAUGGAGAUCUGGACACACCCAUUAACUACAGUUUGAAGUAUUCAGAUGAGCAGCUCAACUCUGGUCGACAAAGCCCAAGCCAGAACGAAAGGUGGGCAAGGCCCAAACUCCUUGAUGAUGAAACGAAAAGACCUGAUCAGAAACCACCAAGAUCCCAAAGCCCGGGAUACCCCAUGUACACCGAAGGCAGCAGUGAUGGAGAAGACAAAAUAAACAAGUUCCAACCCAGGUUUGUUCAACAGGACAUGUCUGGAUUCAGGCCAAGGGGCUCCAAUGAGCAAAUAAACAGUGGCUCCAAUCAUGGACUCAACAAAAAGAUUUCUCAAACCAUCUGUGCUGUCGAUGAUUAUGCAGAUGACAAACCGACUAACUACAGCGAGCGAUACUCAGAAGAAGAACAACCUGAUGAUCAAACAAGUUACAGCCUGAAAUACAAUGAGGACCACCACGCAGAACAGCCCAUAGAUUACAGUUUGAAAUAUCCUGAGCCUGCCUCCAAAAAAGCCAUGUUUAGUCAUACAAAGUCAUCUUCUGCACAAAGCUCUGUUAAAGACCAUUUAAGUCAAGAUAGUUCCUCCUCUGUGACAUCCAUAAAGAAUCAAGGUCGGCAAAAGCAGCUCCACCCAUCAUCUGCUCAAAGCAGACUGGGACCAACAAGGGCAGUUCAGAAGAACCCAACCUGCAAGGCUCCUACAAUAAAUCAAGAAACAUUACAGACCUAUUGUGUAGAGGACACUCCCAUAUGUUUCUCACGUGGUAGCUCUUUAUCGUCCUUGUCCUCAGAGGAAGAUGAAAUGGAAAGCUGCAAACGUAAUGUCAAUUCGGCUAAUAACUACCAAACUCUGCCCAUAUCAGACAAAGACUCUGUAAACAGCAUGGCACCAGACCAGAGGAAAAGUGAGAGCCAGUCGUCUGUGCAUUAUGUCCGCAUGAAGCCGCCACGUCAUCAAGGAUCACACCUGGGACAUAACGAUGGCCCCAGGCAUCACAAAACAGUGGAAUUUUCAUCUGGUGCUAAAUCCCCAUCCAAAAGUGGUGCCCAAACGCCAAAAAGUCCUCCUGAACACUACAUACAAGAAACUCCUCUCAUGUUCAGCAGAUGUACCUCUGUCAGCUCCCUGGACAGUUUUGAGAGCCACUCCAUUGCAAGUUCUGUGCAGAGUGAACCGUGCAGCGGUAUGGUGAGUGGAAUUAUCAGCCCGAGUGAUCUGCCUGACAGCCCUGGACAAACAAUGCCUCCAAGUCGUAACAAGACGCCGCCACCUCCACCACCACGAACCACAUCAGUGAAGCAAAAAGUUGCAGUCCCACCCAAUUCUGAAAAACGUGAUCUGCCUCCGAGGCACACCGUUAACGCAGCUGUGCAGAAAGUGCAAGUUCUACCAGAUAAUGAUACUCUUUUACAUUUUGCCACCGAAAGCACUCCAGAUGGCUUCUCUUGUUCUUCAAGCCUCAGUGCACUAAGUUUAGAUGAACCGUUUAUUCAGAAAGACAUUGGGCUGAAAAUAAUGCCCCCAGUUCAUGAAGAUGACCACAGUGCUGAGGCAGAGCAUGAGAAAGAAGACAUAAGAGAGCCCAAAGUACAGCAGAACCCACCCUCUGCCUCUGAAGUUGGAAAAGAUAUCUUGGACGAUUCAGAUGACGAUGAUGACAUUGAGAUUCUGGAGGCCUGCAUUAACUCAGCAAUGCCAACAAAAUCAUCAAGGAAACCGAAAAAGCAGUCACCUUCACCCACUUCUAGAAGUAUCCCCCCACCCGUUGCUCGCAAACCAAGUCAGCUUCCGGUUUAUAAGUUGUUACCUUCACAAAGUAGAGGGCAGCAGCAGAAACAUUUGACCCUAGCCCACGGUGAAGACAUGCCACGUGUAUACUGUGUUGAGGGAACGCCCAUUAACUUUUCUACAGCAACAUCGCUCAGUGACCUCACUAUUGAUUCCCCCCCGAAUGAGCUGGCUUGUAUGGAAAGUUCAGCUCCCAAUGCGGAAUUAUCCAGUCAAAGACGAGACACCCUCCCAGAGGGCAAAAGUGCAGAGACAAAAGAUACGGCUUCCUCACGUUCGGCUCCGGUUGAGAAUGAAGCCGACGAUAUUCUUGCAGAGUGCAUCAAUUCAGCAAUGCCCAAAAGCAAAAUUCAUAAGCCGUUUAGGGUGCAAAAGAUGUCUGAUCAGUCUCCGCAUCCAUCUACCGCCACUGGCAGUCUAGUUCAGCAAGACUUGGAAAAGAAAAAGCCAACUUCUCCUGUCAAGCCCAUGCCACAAAGCAGUGAGUACAGAGCAAGGAUGCUAAAACGGCCAGAAGGUCCUAAUAACUUGCAAGAUGCAGUAUCAUAUCCAGAUAAAAACAAAGAAACCCAAAAGCAGGAUCCCAAAAUAGUCUCAAGAGAAUUUGCAGAUAAGCCUGCUCCUCCUGAGGAGAGAACACGUACUGGCUUUGCCUUUGAUUCUCCACAUCAUUACACACCAAUUGAGGGUACACCUUAUUGUUUCUCCCGCAAUGAUUCGCUCAGUUCACUUGACUUUGAGGAUGAUGACCUUGACUUAUCUAAGGAAAAAGCAGAGCUGCGAAAAGAUAAAGAGCAAAGAAAAGUUCUGCCUUUGAAGUGCAGUGCAGAGCAGCCAGUAAACACGAGCAGGGUACCAGUGUUUCAAAUGGCUCCAACAAAACCCCUUCAAAAACAAGCAAGUUUUCCACAAGCAGCCAAAGAAAACACAGUAGCGGUGUGCGAUGAAAAACAAAAGUUUUCUAUCGAAGACACUCCAGUGUGUUUCUCACGAAAUUCGUCGCUUAGUUCUCUGAGUGACAUUGACCAAGAAAACAACAACAAAGACUGCUCGCACAAAGAUGAUGUCACCCAGAUGGAAGUACCUAGACGACAAGCAUCUGGUUAUGCACCCAAAGCCUUUCAUGUGGAGGACACACCUGUGUGUUUCUCUAGAAAUAGUUCUCUAAGCUCUCUUAGUAUUGAUUCUGAAGAUGACCUUCUGCAAGAAUGUAUCAGUUCUGCAAUGCCAAAGAAAAAGAAGCAACCACCAAGAAGCAAGUCUGAGGAAACAGAAUCUAAGGAAGAGAAAACCAUAAUGGCUGAUGGCAUUUUAUCAGAGGAACCAGAUCUUAUUUUAGAUCUCACAGACACACACAGUCCUAUUUCAGAGCAAGCCUUAUCACCAGACUCUGAAUCAUUUGACUGGAAAGCCAUUCAAGAAGGUGCUAAUUCUAUUGUAAGCAGUCUGCAUCAGGCUGCGGCCAGUCUCUCCAGACAAGGUUCUUCUGAUUCAGACUCUAUUCUUUCUCUCAAAUCUGGCAUCUCCAUUGGGUCACCUUUCCACCUUCCAUUAAAUCAAGAUGACAACAAGCCAGCUGCAAACAAAGGGGCUAGAAUAUUGAAGCCUGGUGAAAAAAGCACUUUAGAGGCCAAAAAGAAAGAGGAGGAAUCUGAUAAAGGCUUGAAAGGAGGAAAGAAAGUUUACAAAAGUCUAAUAACAGGAAAGCCCAGACCCAGUCUUGAAAGCAUUGCCUCUCAACACAGGCAAGCUCAAGCCCCAGUGAUAUCCAGAGGGAGAACAAUGGUUCACGUUCCUGGUGUGAGAAGCAGUUCUCCCAGCACCAGUCCAGUUCCUAAAAAGCCGCCUCCACGUGGUCAAAUGUCAAAACCACCGUCUCAAGCACCAUGUCCUGGAAACUCUCCCAGAACCAUGAAAACGCAAUCAAGUUCUGAACCAAGUGCUGCCAGGGAACCGCCAUCUGCUCAAGGAGGGUCUAGUAAAGGUUCCUCUCGAUCGGGGUCCAGAGACUCCACACCUUGUAGACCAGUUCAGCAAUCUCUAGCAAGGCCAAUGCAGUCUCCUGGUCGUGCCUCCGUGUCACCCGGCAGGAACGGUCUGAACCCAUCUAAUAAGUUGUCUCAAUUGCCUCGCACCGCCUCUCCCAGUGCUGCUUCAACAAAAUCAUCAGGAUCUGGCCGCAUGAGUUAUACAUCACCGGGAAGGCAGCUCGGGCAACAGACGCCACCAAAGCAAAGUGGUUUGCCAAGAAGUACCAGUGGAAUUCCUAGAAGCGAGUCUGCGUCAAAGAGUCUCAACCAGUGCGGAGCCACAGGCCCUUCAAAAAAGGCAGAGAUGUCUCGAAUGUCAUCAACGAAGUCAAGUGGGAGUGAGUCUGAUCGGUCCGAGAAACCUGGACUAGUCCGUCAGUCAACAUUCAUCAAAGAAGCCCCCAGUCCAACACUAAAAAGAAAAUUAGAAGAGUCUGCCUCUUUUGAGUCAUUAUCUCCUUCCUCCACAAGCCAGUCACAGACUCCAGUAUCUAGUCCAUCUUUGCCUGAUAUGUCACUUAGUCUACCAUACCAAGCAAGUGGACUGAGAAAGUCCCCCCACGGUCAAAACUCUGUUGAGAAUGGUGACGGCAAGUCUUUGAGAAGGCAGGACAUCUCCCGAUCCCAUUCGGAAAGUCCAUCCAGGCUUCCAAUCAACAGGACGGGGACAUGGAAAAGGGAGCACAGCAAACAUUCGUCGUCUCUCCCAAGAGUCGGCACCUGGAAAAGAACAGGUAGCAGCUCAUCAAUUCUCUCUGCCUCCUCUGAGUCCAGCGAAAAGGGUAGAAGCGAGGAUGAGCGACAGCCCACCAAUCCACCUCAUAAAUCCGGCAAGGAGGGCGGCCUGGAACGGAAAGGAACAUGGAGGAAAAUGAAAGAGAGCGAAAUCGCACCUUCUAUGACGUUAGACUUACCUGAUGCAACCUGUGAUGCUGCUUACGCAAUGGGUGCUGCUGUGUCCAAAACGGAAGAUGUCUGGGUGAGAAUCGAGGACUGUCCCAUAAACAACCCAAGGUCUAGUAAAUCCCCCACAGCGAACACGCCUCCCGUUAUCGACAGUCUGCCAAUCAAAGGGCUUCCUUUUGACUCAAGUGAAUCACACUUAAAAGUAGCAAAUGAAAAUUCAGCCACGGGCCAUUUGGGGUCAGAAACGAAUCUCAAUUUGCUCAGGAGUACCGAGUCUCUUGAUAAAAAAGUCACAGACCUUAAGCCAGCACCAAGUACUCCCAACAUUGGCCCAGAGGUCCACGAGUUCCCAGUUGCUGAACGCACGCCUUUUAGCUCAAGUAAUUCCAGCAAGCACAGCUCCCCUAGUGGUGCUGUUGCCGCCCGGGUGAGUCCGUUCAAUUACACGCCGAGCCCCAGAAAGAGCAGCACUGACAACACGACACCCAGACCAUCUCAGAUCCCGACACCCGUUACAAACAAUGGGAAAAAGAGAGACACUAAAGGUGACACGACUGAAAGUGGAUCCUACAUCGUCACCUCUGUUUAAGGUGGAACUUUACGGUGGCAGAAAACACUGCUUAUGGACUUUGGCUAAUGACUUUCUAUUUUGCCACUGUUUCAGAACUCCUAGUUGCACGCUGCGAUGGGUAACAUUCUUGCUGGCUGUUAUAAAUGUUGGUUAUAAUCUAGAUAGCGAACUAGGGGUUGGGAUGUAUCAAUUACACUAUUUGACGAUUUGUACUGUACAGAUUUAUGUAUAUAGUUAAUUUAACCAUGCACCAGGAACCUAUAUGUUGCUUGAAUCGACAGAUUACUGCUAAAGGUGGAGUAAAUGCGAUGCUGUUAAACAUUUGGUGGACUUCAAUACUAAUUCAUUCAACUUUUUUUUUUAGAUCAAAUGACUGUAAGCCUGUAUUAAUGCAAAUGUUAAACUCAUUCUACUGUUGCAUAUUGUACGUAAUAUAGUACAUAAUGGAUUUUUUUCCUUGCAUGACAGAUUCAGUGGUAUAGUAUUUCAUAUGAAGAUAAAGAUUUCUGUGGACACAAACUGUACUGAUAGCUGUAGUGUAACAUUUUACACUUUUGUGUGUACGCUUUGGAAAACAACAAAGUAACCUUUGGAACUGUUGAACGAUAUUGACGGUUGACAUAGAUUAUAUAUAAUACAUAGAUCCGUUGCUCUGCUGUUUGUGUAUAGUUGUUGCCAGGUGAGCCGAGUGUCUUUCCAAUGAAACCGUAAUGUUGGGAAGACUGAAAUAAUGUUGAAAAUUAAAUUAUUCCUGUAGGUUUUGGUGUUGGUACCUUUUUAAAUGCUCCUUUUGCCUUCCCUUUUAUUUAGUAAUUAAGCACAUAAAAUUGAACUGUUUUGCCAAAACCACAGUGUAAAUAUCACAAUAUUUUUGUUCCGUUUUCCCUCUCAUGCAAUAAAGUGGGCAGAUUGAUGUUUACAAGAUAUUUCCAAUAAAAAAUCUACAUAAUAAACAUCA